CAGGUAAAAAUUCUAAAGAACCCCCUUUAACUCUGAGGUUUAGCAGAGUCUCUCGUGAAAAAAAGGGUUGCUAACAUUUAACAUUGCAAUAUGGAAGGUAUAUUAUUAUAUUAUGUGAAAGAAAAUUACAUCUUCAUGGGAGUGAAGGAGGCAAUUGUGGGGGGUGGCAUUACAAAGGUUGGCCACACAACCAGCAUGAUCAGGAACAUUGUGGAAGAUCCAAGAGAGGACCAGACAUUGGACAGACAUUGUUAGUCUUAUUUUUCUUGACUAAUUUGUUUCCAUGAACAGCAGAAAGAAGGGAGCAAAACAAGAUGCUUUUCUAGACAAUCACCCCUAGAGUUUUUUUCCCCCAUCUUCCAUGACUGAAGACUUCUUGUUAAAAAAAAAUGAGAGGUAAUCCAAUUUUGAGUGGACAAAAAGCAGAAAAAAGUAUGAGAAUCACUUAGGUGAAAUGGACUGUGUAAAAAUUUGGAGGUGUUCUAGUCCAGCCCACUGCUCAAGGAGGAGAUCCUGUACCAUUUUACACAAGUGACUGUCCAAGCUCUUCUUGAAAACCUCCAGUGAUGCACAACUUCUGAAGGCAACUUCUGUUCCACAGAUUAAUUGUCCUCACUGUUAAGAAGUUUCUCCUCAAUACCAGGUUGCUUCUCUCCUUGAUUAGUUUCCAUCCAUUGUUUCUUGUUCUGCCUUCUGGUGUUUUGGAAAAUAAAUUGACCCGCUCCUCUUUGUGGCAGCCUCUCAAAUACUGGAAUGCUGCUAUCAUGUCAGAAGGUCCAUCCGUCCGUCCAUCUGUCCCCCCCAGUCCUUCUAAUUCAGAAUGUAUUAACUGGGUUGGUAUAUCCAAUUUCUUCUUGAAUCACCAUCCAGAAGCCCACAGGUUAAUUCAUAAAUUUCCAUAUUAUACUGCAUUUAGUGCCCCACAGCCCCAGAGGGGAAGAAAAAAAACCCUAGUGAGGCACAAUGUUUACUCUGUCUGGUCCUUUGGAGACAGAAGAAAGAGGAAAACCCCGGAGUUUAUUGAAAGGUAGAGAUUGGGAGAACAGCAAAGGAAGGCCGUCUCCGCCUUCGGUAUUUCCUAAGGCAUCACUGGCUGGCAAGGAGUGUUAACUUUUGACGUGGGCGAAUUCCCGCUUUCCUUGCGAGGAAAAAGGAGGGAGCGCUCCCGCCACAAUCCCUCCCCGCCAGGGGUCACUCGUCCGGACAAAUUCCUUCAACAGCUGGGCAAAAAAAAAACCAAAAACCCCUUGCCUUUCGUCGCCACAGCAACGCCUCGGUAUCCGCAAGCCGCGCCGAGCGGUUCCCUUUCCCUCUGGGUUGGCGCUGCGAGUCAGGAAGGGAAACCCAGCGCUCGCUCCGCUCCCUUGCCUUCCCUUCCCUUCCCUUCCUCUCCCUCUCUCUCUCUCUCUCUCUUUCCCGAGCAGGGUCGAGGGCGGCCGGCAGAACUGCGCUCCGGCUUAAGCACAAGACCUCAAAACAAGUGUCUUCUUUUCGCUCUCCCCGCGCGCCUUCGCCCGUCUCAUUUUGCACCGCGCCGCCGCAGCUACCGCAGCAACAUGGGCUCGACCCCAGACAGCCAUGAGAUGAACGGGCUGACCACGGCAAUGGGGAACGGCAACGGCAGCGGCAACAACGGCGACGCGACGCCUCCAGAAGAGGGUCGGAGACACUGGCUACGGACAAAUAGGCAAAUUAACAUAAACCAUUAUGCCAAUAAGAAGAGUGCAGCCGAAAGCAUGUUGGAUAUUGCUUUGCUCAUGGCCAAUGCAUCCCAGCUGAAAGCUGUGAUGGAGCAAGGACCCUCUUUCGGAUUCUAUGUUCCACUGAUCGUUCUCAUCAGCAUCUCACUCGCACUUCAGAUUGUAGUUGGCGUGCUCCUAAUAUUCCUUGGUAUGUAUGACAACCUAAAUCAUUGCUUAUUUUGUGCCACAGCAUAA